AUGGGCCAUCUGUACACCGCCGAACAGAUUGAUAAGUACCGCAACAAGAACUUGGGCGCGGCACCACCGCACCCUUAUGCAGUUGCAGAUACCGCGUACCGGCAGGUCGUCAGGGAGUGCCGCGAUCAGGCUCUUGUCAUCAGCGGCGAGAGCGGCGCCGGGAAGACGGAGACCGCAAAGAUCACCAUGCGCUACCUCACCAGCGUCUCGCGUACCGACGCGGCACACGGGGCCCGCAUCCAGGAGAAGAUCAUCAACUCUAGCCCGAUCCUCGAGUCCUUCGGCAACGCGAGCACGGUCCGGAACAUCAAUUCGUCGCGAUUCGGGAAGUACAACGAGAUGGAUUUCAACCGGGUCGGCUCGCUGGUCGGCGCGUCGAUCAAGACCUACCUGCUGGAGAGCUCGCGCGUGGUCUCGCAGCAGGACGGCGAGAGGAACUACCACGUGUUCUACCAGAUGCUCGAGGGGCUCGACGAUGCGGAGCUCGACCACCUCAGGCUCGCCCGCUCCGCCAAGUACCGCCUCCUGUACAUGGGGGGCGACGGGGCCCACAGCAGGAGGGGCGAGGCCCGCAGGUUCCAGGAGCUGCGCAGGGCCCUGGAGACCUUCGUGGACUCCAGGGCGGAGGGCGAGAUCCUGGAGGUCCUCGCCGCGCUCAUACACCUCGGCGAGGUGGAGUGCCUGGAUCAGGCGACGGGGGCGGCGGCCCCCAGGGAUCUGGGCGCCGACGCCGAGGGGCCGUCCAGCCAGGAGGCCCGGGUGCGCUUCGACGCCGGCGGGGAGGAGGCCCUCGCCAGGGCGGCUCGCCUCCUCGGCCUGCCGCUGGCCAGGCUGGAGCGCGUGCUGACGAUGAGAGAGGUGCACGUGAGACGCGGGGGGAGCAGCCGGACGUCGCACAUCAGCUGCCCCCGCACGCGGGCGCAGGCGAGCCAGACGCUGCAGAACGUCACCAAGGUGAUAUACAAGCGCCUCUUCGAUCAGGUCGUGGAGCGGAUCAACAUGUCCAGCGCCGGCGGGGCCCACCGGGGCGGUGCCGACGGCAUCCACAGCAUCGGCACGCUGGACAUCUAUGGCUUUGAGCGGCUCGCCACCAACAGCUUCGAGCAGCUCUGCAUCAACCUGGCGAACGAGCGCCUGCAGCAGUUUUUCGUCGAGGAGGUGCUGGGGGCUGAGCAGGACACAUACUCCGAGGAGGGCUUGAACGUCGGCAGCUGCCAGCUUCCCGACUCGAAGCCGGUGGUGAACAGCAUUGGUGGCAUCAUGUCGAUCUUGAACGAGCACAGCCUCCGUGCGAUGAAGAACCUGUCAGUCGGCGACGAGAAGGACGUCAAGUUCUGCGAGCACGUCCACAGGGACCACAUCGCGAACCCGCGGAGCAGUGGCCCCGUGAUGGCGCUGAAGCUGAAGGCCAAUCGCAGCGGCGCGGGCCUGUCCCUGCACGACGGGUUCCAGGUCAAGCAUUACGCGGGCGAGGUGGCCUACUCGACCAAGGGCUGGAUUGACAAAAACAACGAUGCGCUCGUGCCAGAGCUCGAGGCGCUGUUGGGCGAUUCCGAGAAGGACAUCGUUCGCGACAUGGCCGACUUGAGGGACACAGCCGUCCAGGCGGGAGAGAAGCUGCACUCAGUGAGCGAGAAGUAUCUGAAGAACCUGGACAACUUGCUCAAAACUCUCAGCAACUGCUCCGUCCAUUACAUUCGGUGCUUCAAUCCGAACCAGAACCGUCAGCCUGUCGAGUUCGAUACGAAGUACGUUCUCGAACAGGUCAUCCAAUGCGGCACCGUUGAGCUGGUGAAGAUCAUGCACGAUGGGUACCCCCAUCGAUGCUUCUUGCAGGACUUGCGGGAACGCUUCCAGAAACUGUUGCCCGCCGAGUUCAACAACUACUCGAAUCGUGAUUUCGUCCACGCCAUCAUGCUCGCUUUUGAAAUGGACGAGACCCAGUGGACCUUGGGGACGAAACGAUUGUUUCUCAAGGCAGGGAACCUGCGCGUGCUAGAGGAGCUGCGAGAUACUGGCUGUGUUGCUUCAGGGGGCAUGCUUCGCAAGAUACGGGCGAAGUUCGCGCGAAAGAAGUUCCGUGCUGCACUCGUCGUCAUCCGCUUAAUGAUUUGGUGGCCGAAACGGCGGCGAGAGGUCGUCAUUGGCAAGCUGCGCUCCGCCGUCUUCAUCGCAGUGAGGCUGCACAGGUGGUUGAACAAGGCCCGCUUCAAUCUCUACGCGGUGGGGCCGAACUCCGAUAGCCCUCAUAUCGAUUUGGCCAUGCACAAGCACGGCCUUACCUACGCUCUGCCAGGGCAGAGUAUGUCCCUACGAAGCUCAGCAUCUGGUCACCCGCAAGUCUUUGUAACGCUGAAUUCAUACGAGGCGCAGCAGUACGCCUCCGACCUGCAAAAUGACGUGGACAUGCGCAAUGACGUGCAGAAGAACGUGUUGAGGACAUGGCAGAUGAAUGCCACGGAGUCCAUUCUACACUACGACGGGCGCUCGGUGUUGAGUGCGACACUUUGCCCGAGGGCGUUCAUGCAUGAGGACGUCUCUCUGCCUGAGUCGGAGCGUCUUCCUGCCGGUUCGUUCGACGACCGCAGUUUGGAGGACGUUCGCCAGGUCGACGUGCAUGGAUCUGGACUCGCAGUUGCGGUUUCCGAGAGCAGGUGGGAAGGCAACAUCACGUGCAUGUGCCAACACAGGCAGCAUAGGCAUACCUUCGCGACUUGCGAUGUGGACAACAAUGUGCUGAUUUGGAAGUGGCUUGGCACCGAGAAGGGCAGCCCUGAGCGUCCGGCGGUGAAGCCUCUCGGCACCUUCUCUUUCGCCGCGUACGAGGCGGUGUACCAGAUGUGCUUUCGCUCCGACGUGCCCCAGGACGUUUCAGAGAGGGGUGGCCUUCAGCUGGUCGUCCUGAGCAGCGAGAUGGGCCGCCACUGGUUUUCCAUAUCCAUCGUUUCGGUCUUCCAGGCCAGCCACAAGAUCGAACACAUCCAGCCCAUCGGUGUCUACGCAGACUUGAUGCCCCGCCUGCGGCAGGCCGGCGCGCAGAUCAACUUCUUCGCGAUGUCCCAUUCCGAGCAGAUCUUGGUGCUGGGCGGUCAGGGCCUGCUUCAGUUCUACGCCAUUCAGGACCUCGUGCGGCCGUCUCCAGCCGGGGAUGGCUUCCACGCGGCGGAGGACAGAGGAGAGACGAGGGUCACGCGGGUAGCACAGAUCGCGGACGUCUCGCAGAUGUACGCCGACAUAAAGCAGAGCUCAAUGGUGUCUUGCCUGAGCCUGCCGCCUCCGAUCCGGUCUGGGGGCAUACUGGACUGGAUCGUCAUCGGCGCCAGCAAUGGGAAGCUGUACGGUUUCCGCCUAGAUGCCACGGCUGGCGGAAAGAUCACGGUGAAUACGGACGUGAGCGGGCGGUUUCGUUCAAAUACGCACACGUUGGGAGUGCCCAUCAAGUCUCUCAUCGCGUCCUAUGGUGAUUCAGCCUUCUCGCAUCACAAGGCGGUUCAAGCCACGGGAUUGCCAUACAGCUUGUUCCUCAGACGAGCGCCGCGGGAGGAGGAGAAGAUUUUCUACUCGAUGGGCGCGGAUGGGAAGUUGUUGACGUGGAGGCUUCUGGACAAGAGAGGUUGGACGGUAGCCGAAGAGAAGACAGUCCAGGAUCUCGCCAUCAUUGGUCAUCCAGAGCCUGAUGAAAACGGCACGGACUUCGCAGACUGCGUGGUGGGCAGGACAUCGAACACCUGCCAACUGUCGUCGGGGCACUCCUCGCUCCUCGUCCCCAGCGUCAUCGUUCUCGCCGACCAGGAGAAGAAGCUGCUCGUGUGCUACGACCGCGCCAGGCCGGAGGAGGUCUCCAGCGGCGCCGUGUGCUGCUACGCCUGA